CAUGCUGAAUGGAACAUCCUGAAGUGGUCCAGUCUCCCGCUAGUCUAGGGUAGGCGUUUCGUGCAACUGAACGGACAACAGUACUAGGUUUACGGUACACUCACUGUCGUUUCAAGUUGUAAAGUACAGUAAUAAUACACGCCAGUGACAUAAAUGAAGUACCAGUGUUUUUACCUAUUAUUGCAGGGAUCACUUAAAGUUUGUUUCAUUCACUUUUCUCCAACUUAUCUUGAGGAAAGACAAACGUGGCUUGGAAUAUAGCAGGACUCCAUCUUUUGGGAAUGCUUCCUCGUUUCUGUAAAGACAGGAGAGCAGAGUGAAAAGAUAUUCAUUCCCCACAAAAGUCAUGUUGUACUGGACUGUACUGCCUGAUUGGAAAGUAUUGUUGUUGGUGACUCUUCUAUGGGACUGCUGCUUCUGUGCUGAGGAACUGAAGCCCACAAGAUGGCCACUGUAUCCCCAAAAGCCUCUGGUCCUGGCCUGGAAUGCCCCGACGGAGGACUGCGGCCCGCGGCACGGUAUCCAUUUUCAGCUGGAGCAGUUCCAGAUUGUGGCGUCGCCCAACGAGGGCUUUGUCCGCCAGAACCUCACCAUAUUUUACAAGGACCGCUUAGGGUUGUACCCCUACUAUGAUGAGCCUGAUGGUACAGCCAUGAACGGUGGGCUCCCGCAGAUUGCCAGUCUCACUCAGCAUCUGGAGAAGAUGCCGGAGGGCAUUCAGAAUUACAUACGUGAACCAGGGGCCAAGGGACUGGCAGUUAUUGACUGGGAGGAAUGGAGACCACUGUGGAUCCGCAACUGGGACUUCAAGGAUGUGUACCGCAGACAGUCACGCCAGCUGGUGGCUGAGAAGAACCUAGCUUGGCCCGCAGAGCGUGUGGCUAAGGUGGCCCAGCAGGAGUUUGAGAUGUCGGCCCGGAAGUUCAUGCUGGAGACCCUGAGGCUGGCCAAGAGCCUGCGGCCCAACCAGCUGUGGGGGUUCUACCUAUUCCCAGACUGCUAUAACCACGACUACAGGAUCACUCUGGAGAACUACACAGGCCGCUGCCCUGACGUGGAGGUGGCCCGGAAUGAAAUGCUCAAAUGGCUGUGGACUGAGAGUACAGCCCUCUUCCCUUCCGUCUACAUGAGCACAGUGCUACGUUCUUCGCCCUCUGGGCGCCAGUUUGUCCGGAACCGGGUGAAGGAGGGGAUGCGUCUGGCAUCAGGGGGAGACGGGCUGGCACGUCCUGUCUUUGUGUAUGCCCGGCCCACCUACGCCAACGUAUUGGACCUGCUGACAGAGACGGACCUGGUCUCCACCAUCGGGGAGAGUGUGGCUCUUGGGGCCGCAGGCAUCAUCCUCUGGGGAGACCAUGCUUAUGCAGGCAGCAAGACCAGUUGCUUCAGUCUGAAUGAGUACCUACAGGGUCCGCUGGGCAGGUACCUGCUCAAUGUCUCCACGGCAGCAGAGCUGUGCAGCCAGAGGCUGUGCGGUUCCCAAGGACGCUGCCUGCGCAGACACCCUGACACUAACGCCUACCUGCACCUCAGCCCCCUCACCCACAACAUAGUCAGCCUGGAAAAUGGCAAAUUCAAGGUUCAAACUCUAGGUCAGCUUGGGGAAGAGGAGAUAAUGGGCUUUCAGAGAGAGUUUCAGUGCCAGUGCUAUAGUGGCUACCAGGGAGAGGGUUGUGGCCAGAGAGACCCCCUACAACAGAGAGGUAUCGCACCUUCAGUCAUGGGGACAUGGGUUCACUGUCUGCUCCUGCUACUCCUCACACUCCUGCUCUGACUGAUUGCAUACAUACAUAGUUCAUACAGCUACAUUUAAAAUGAUUUAAUGUGUAUUGGUAUACACAUGACAUUAUCUACACACUUCCACAAAAUGCACAAACAUUAUAUACAUACACUGGGACAAAUGCAAAUGUAUUCACUGGGGCCCAGGAUGCUGUAAAGUUGGUGAAUCUAUGAUUAGAUGGUGGAACACUGUGGAACACGUACGUAGAGUUAUGGUUGUUUGUGUGUUUUGAUUUUUUUGAUACAUUGGAGGGCUCGCUGGAAAUAACUUUGUUUACAUUGCUCUCUCGCUCUUUCUCAGUCCCAACAAUAUAUACAGUGCCUUGCGAAAGUAUUCGGCCCCCUUGAACUUUGCGACCUUUUGCCACAUUUCAGGCUUCAAACAUAAAGAUAUAA